AUGCUCGACGACAACACCUUCCUCCUACAGGAGCCGGAGGGACUCGGUCCCCGCCCAAACUCCCCAGCCGUGCCCCUGUUCCUCAUCCACGAUGGCGGCGGCACCGUCUUCCAGUACUUCAGUCUGGGCGACCUGGAUCGACCCGUCUACGCCAUCGGCAACCCGCGCUUCGAGUCUGGCGAGCCCUGGAGCGGGGGCAUUCCUGAGAUGGCCAGGGCGUACGCUGACUUAGUGCACGCGGCGCUGCCACCCGGAGGCGGUGGACAGGUCAUUCUGGGAGGUGUGUGA